UAUCAUCCCCCUCCAUGGCUAGUUCCUCCUCUCCCAUUCAAGGAUCCAUCCCUUUCCAACCCCAUGUUGCUGAUGGAAAAGAUAAGGAGGUGCCGCUCAGCCCUACAGAGGAGGCUCAGAUACGUCUGAUGAGGAUCUUCAGUGCUCCUCUGGAACCAGCAGAUAGUGUGUCAUCUGUCAGAGCUACUGUCCCCUUGGUAGUACCUCAUGCCUCCAUUCAGGAUGUGGUGGAAGAGGACACUUUGGCCCUUCUACAGGCCUCCCACGCUGCAGUCCAGAAGCCCAAGGUGAAAACUGAGGAGCAGAUAACCGCAGAGCAGGCAUGGUUUGGCUCAGAAAAAGUUUGGCUGGUCCACAAGGAUGGUUUCUCCCUAGCCACGGUGUUGAAGACGGAGGCCGGCUCCCUUCCAGAGGGGAAGGUUAAAGUUAAACUGGAACAUGAUGGGACGAUACUUGACGUGGAUGAGGAUGAUGUAGAAAAGGCCAACCCUCCAUCCUACGACCGGACUGAAGACCUAUCCUCCCUGCUCUACCUCAAUGAGUCCAGUAUCAUGCACUCCCUGAGGCAGCGCUACGGAGGCAAUUUGAUCCACACCUACGCCGGUCUAAACACCGUGGUCAUCAACCCACUGAGUACAGCGUCUAUGUACUCUGAGAAGGUGAUGCACAUGUUUAAAGGUUGCCGACGCGAGGACACUGCCCCCCACAUUUACUCCGUGGCCCAGACGGCGUACCGUAAUUUACUGACUACACGCCAAGACCAGUCCAUCGUGUUGCUUGGAAAGUCUGGCGGCGGCAAGACCACCAACUGCCAGCACCUGGUCCAAUACCUUGUCUCUAUUGCUGGUAGCACUGGCAAGAUCUUUUCUGCUGAAAAAUGGCAGGCGGUGUACACCAUUCUCGAAGCCUUUGGUAAUAGCUCCACCUCCAUGAACACAAACGCCAGUCGAUUCUCACACAUCAUCUCCCUGGACUUUGACCAGGCUGGCCAAGUUGCCUCUGCUUCUAUUCAGACCAUGCUUCUUGAGAAGUUGAGGGUGACCAGGCGGCCUGCCACCGAGUCAACCUUCAACAUCUUCUACUACAUGAUGGCUGGAGCCGACAGCAACCUCAGAACGGAGCUGCACUUCAACCAUUUUGCAGAGAACAGUGCUUUUGGGAUCCUGCCUCUGUCCAAGGAAGAUGAAAAGAAGCGGGCUGCCCAGCAGUUCACCAAGCUGCAGGCUGCCAUGAAGGUUCUGGGUAUCUCUGGCGAGGAGCAGAAGGCCCUCUGGCUCGUGUUGGGGGCCAUUUACCACCUGGGAGCAGCAGGGGCCACAAAGGCGGGACGCAAGCAGUUUGCCCGACACGAGUGGGCCCAGAAGGCGGCCUACCUGCUGGGCUGCAGCCUGGAGGAGCUCUCCUCCGCCAUCUUCAAGCACCAGGCCAAAGGACUGCAGCGCUCCACCUCCUUCAGAGGAGGCCCUGAGGAGGCUGGCGAUGGACCAGGUUCUAAGAUCACUGCCCCGGAGUGUCUGGAGGCCAUGGCCUCAGGCCUCUACUCUGAGCUCUUCACCUUGGUCAUCUCCCUGGUGAACAGGGCGCUGAAAUCCAGUCAACACUCUCUGUGCUCCCUCCUGAUUGUGGAUACGCCAGGCUUCCAGAACCCACGCAUGGCUCAGCGCCAGCGGGGAGCCACCUUUGAGGAGCUCUGCCACAAUUAUACCCAGGAGAGGCUGCAGACUCUCUUCCAUGAGCGCACUUUUGUCCAGGAGCUGGAGAGAUACAAGGAGGAAAACAUAGAGCUUGCUUUAGAUGACAUAGAGUCCAGCACCUCUAAGUCUGUAGCUGCUAUUGAUCAAGCCUCAGCCCAAACCCUGGUGCGUACCUUAGCUAGGACGGAUGAGGCGCGGGGCCUGCUGUGGCUGAUGGAGGAGGAGGCGGUUCAGCCCGGGGGAUCAGAGGAGACCCUGCUGGAGCGGCUAUUCAGCUACUAUGGCACCCCGCACGGAGAAAGCAACAGGCCCAGCCUGCUGCUGAAAGGAGACAAGCCCCAGCACUUCCUGCUGGGCCACAGCUCUGGGACGGACUGGGUGGAGUACGACGCCCAGGGCUGGCUCAGCCACGCCAAGCAGAACCCCGCCUUCCAGAAAGCUGCCACACUGCUGCAGGACUCUCAAAAGAAGAACAUCAGCGGGCUGUUCAUGGGCCGGGCGGGCGGGGCCACGGUGCUCUCCGGCUCCAUCGCCGGUCUGGAGGGGGGCUCGCAGCUGGCCCUGCGCCGGGCCACCAGCAUGAGGAAGAACUUCACCACGGGCAUGGCUGCCGUCAAGAAGAGGAGCCAGUGCAUACAGAUCAAGCUUCAAGUGGAUGCAUUAAUUGACACAGUGCGCCGAUCCAGGAUACAUUUUGUCCACUGCCUCCUUCCCAAAGUGGAGUCAGUAGGCGUGGUGGGGGACCCCCGAGUGUCUCACGGAGACACCCCCGACUCUGGCCUCAUGACCCUUGACGUGGGCCUGCUCCGGGCCCAACUCCGGGGCUCUAAGCUACUAGAUGCUCUGCGCAUCUACAGGCAAGGGUACCCUGAUCACAUGGUGUUCUCUGAAUUCCGGCGACGCUUUGAUGUGCUGGCGCCACACCUGACCAAAAAGCAUGGGCAUCACUACAUUGUCACAGACGAAAGAAGGGCAGUGGAGGAGCUGUUGGACUCUUUGGAACUGGAGAAGACCAACUACCACAUGGGGCUUAGUAGAGUUUUCUUCAGAGCGGGGGCUCUCACCAAGUUGGAAGAGCAGCGUGACGUGCAGACCCGGAGGAACCUCACUCUGUUCCAGUCUGCUUGUCGUGGCUUCCUGGCCAGGCAGGCCUUCAAGAAAAGAAAGAUUCAAAACCUGGCCAUCCGCUGCAUCCAGAAGAACAUUAAGAAGAACCGUGGUGUGAAGGGCUGGCCGUGGUGGAAGCUCUUCACCACCGUCAGGCCUCUCAUAGAGGUGCAGCUCACUGAGGAGCAGAUCCGCGGCAAGGACGAGGAAAUCCAGCAGCUGAAGCAGAGGUUGGAGAAGGUGGAGAAGGAGCGGAACGAGCUGAGACUUAACAGUGACCGGCUCGAGAGCCGGAUCACAGAGCUAUCAUCAGAAGUCGCUGAUGAGCGAAACACAGGCGAGUCUGCCUCACAGAUGCUGGAGACGGAGACCUCUGACAGACUACGUUUGGAGAAGGACAUGAAGGAACUGCAGACCAAGUUUGACAGUGUGAACAAACAGAUGGAGUCGAUGGAGAUGGAAGUGAUGGAAGCCUGCCUCAUCAGGGCCUCCGAGCUCAACGGAGAGAUGGACGAUGAUGACACAGGAGGAGAGUGGAGGCUGAAGUACGAGCGGGCCAUCAGGGAGAUUGAGUUCACCAAGAAGCGGCUGCAGCAGGAGUUUGAUGACAAGUUGGAGGUGGAGCAGCAGAACAAGAGGCAGCUGGAGAGGAGGAUCAGUGACCUGCAGGCAGAUAACGAGGAGUCCCAGCGCAUCGGUCAGCAGCUGAAGAAGAAGCUCCAGCGGCUGACGGCAGAGCUGCAGGACACCAAGCUGCACCUGGAGGGACAGCAGAGCCGCAACCACGACCUGGAGAAGAAGCAGAGGAAGUUUGAUAGCGAACAAAGUGUUUCUCAAGAGGAGGUGCAGAGAGAGAGGAGCCUGAGGGAGAAGCUGGGCAGAGAGAGAGAUGUUCUGGCUGGAGAGGUCUUGGGACUCAGACAGCAGCUUGAGGACAAGGAGCUGGAGUUGACUGCUGUGCAUCUGAAGCACGAGCAGCUGGACGCCGAGCUGCAGGACCUCAGCUCCCAGGAGACCAAGGACGAGGCCUCCCUCUCCAAGGUGCGCAAGCAGCUGCGGGACAUCGAGGCCAAGGCCAAAGACCAGGAGGAGGAGCUGGACGAACAAGCAGGAACCAUUCAGAUGCUGGAAAAGGCUAAACUACGGUUGGAGAUGGAGAUGGAGCGGCUGCGCCAAACACACUCAAAGGAUUUGGAGAGCAAAGAGGACGAAGUGGAGGAGAUCAGACAGUCCUCCAGUAAGAAGCUAAGGCAGAUUGAGGUCCAGCUUGAGGAAGAAUAUGAUGACAAGCAGAAGGUUCUGAAGGAGAGGAGGGAGUUGGAGGCCAAGCUGUGUUCAGCAAAGGAGGAGGUCAGCCACGUGGACAUUGAGACAGAGAAGAGGCUCAGGAAGGACCUGAAGAGGACCAAGGCCCUGUUAGCGGACGCCCAGAUCAUGUUGGACCACAUGAAGAACAACGCGCCCAGCAAGAGGGAGAUCGCCCAGCUCAAGAACCAGCUGGAAGAGUCUGAGUUCACUUGUGCAGCAGCAGUCAAGGCCCGCAAGGCCAUGGAGGUGGAGAUCGAGGACCUGCAUGUCCAGAUGGAGGACAUCUCCAAAGCUAAGCAGGCGCUGGAGGAGCAGUUCAGCCGUCUGCAAAGGGAGAAGAAUGACUUACAGUCCCGCAUAGAGGAAGACCAGGAGGACCUGAACGAGCUUGUGAAGAAGCACAAGUCUGCUGUGUCUCAGGCUGCUCAGAACCUGGGCCAGAUCAGCGACCUGCAGGCCCAGCUGGAGGAGGCCCUCAAGGAAAAGCAGGAGGUCCAGGAGAAGAUGCAAGCUCUGCAGAGUCAGCUGGAGUUCAAGGAGCAGUCCACGGUGGAGAGGUCCCAGGUGGGCCGCCAGGAGGCCAAGGUCCGGGAGCUGGAGACCAAGCUGGAGUUUGAGAAGACUCAGGUCAAACGCCUGGAGAGUCUGGUGGCCCGCCUCAAAGAGAACCUGGAGAAGCUGAUGGAGGAGCGGGACCACUGCAGCACCACGGAGAACCGGGAGAAGGAGCAGAACAAGAGGCUGCAGAGGCAGAUCCGGGACGUCAAGGAGGAGAUGGGCGAGCUGGCCAAGAAGGAGGCCGAGGCCAGUCGGAAGAAACACGAGCUGGAAAUGGACAUUGAGAGCCUUGAGGCUGCCAACCAGAGCCUGCAGGCUGAUCUCAAGCUGGCCUUCAAGAGAAUCGGGGACCUUCAAGCAGCCAUCGAGGAUGAGAUGGAGAGUGAUGACAAUGAAGACCUCAUCAACAGUUUGCAAGACAUGGUGACAAAAUAUCAGAAAAGAAAGAACCGAACCGAGGGUGAAUCAGACACAGACUCUGAGGCUGAGAACCGUGUGGAUGGAGUGAAAUCCUGGCUCUCCAAAAGCAAGGGGUACAGCAAGAACCUCUCUGAUGAUGGCAGCCUUAAAAGUUCCAGCCCAACGAGUCAGCGUCGAUUCGGCUUUGACAGAUCUGAUGAAGAGGCGGAGGAGGAGGAAGAAAAGGAAGAGAGGAGUGCGCUCCCGUCCUCCCCCCGCUGUUGAUACCAACACAGCGGCCCCCUGUAGGUGGCAGGGACCUCCUGGCGGCCCGAUGCAUUGGAGCGAUGAUGCACUCACUGGUCACGCUUUCCAUCACUUUAUUCUCCUUGCAUGCAAUUUGUGCCAAAUGUUUGCGUCUGUAGACGUAGCAGUCACACACACACACACACUCAAACACAAGAUGAACUCCCCAAGGUAUAUUAAUUUCCUGCCGGAAAGCAUCUUGUCGCUUACGUUGUUAAUCCUGUGCGGAACUGGCAUUGCUGGGUUCUUAAAGGGUUUGGGUGAAGUGUGUACAGUCUGCGUUCCCAGAUCACUGUCUGGAGGCAGUGGCUUGGCUUAGGCAGCACGCCCUUCCCUAUUCGCGCUGCCUUGCAUUAUCGUUGUAACCGAGCCAAAGAACUUGAGGUUGCAAUUAUAUAUACUCACACACUAUAUAUAACCAAAAAACACCACCGUGAUCGAAGUAGACUCCUCGACAGUUGGUCUCGUCCGGCUGUAUGUAGAUUUGAGUGAACUGACAGAGGAGACUGAAAACGGAUAAAGAAAAGUUUUUAUCGGCUUGGUUUUCUAACCUUUUGCUACUUUUUCCCUCUUUUGCUGGCAAAUACUUUCUUCCUUUUAUGCUGAUGCGGCAAUAACUAGUCUGCAAACCACUUUCCCCCCCGUUUUUAUUUGGAUUGAUUAUAUGUUUGGAGUAUGGCCCUCAAGGAAGUGCAUUUCCAUAAAGCUUGAGUGUAACUUCUGCAAAAUGCCUUUUCAGAUUUUCGUCUGUGUUCUAGCAAGAAUCAUUUUUAACUAAGCUCUGCUAGUCACACAGGAUCUGCCUUUUUAUUUUCUAUCAGACCUACAUUGCUUUCCAAAGGAAAUUAACAUGGGCAUUGAAUUUAGGUUGCCAUUAUAAAAAAAACACUACUAUGAGCUCCUCAGUCACUGAGUUGCUUUUCACUGCGCUACACUCAUUAAGUGUGUCUUCAAGGUCUUUGUGCUGAUUAAUGAUGUCAUUUUUCAAAGUAAACACAUUGAGAAGCAAACAUGAUAACAAAGACUUUCAUGAUUGUUCAUGUUUGACAUCAAACCCAUCGGCCAUAUUUAUAAUAUUUAUGAAGUAGAAAUACAAUAUUUUUAGCAAAUUGUACAUCGUUCAUGGAUCUUAACAUGAGGGCUUCCUGAAACUGAGAAAAAAAUAGGUUGUCAUUGCCUCUUAUGGGUUGUAUUCAACACUAUGCAGUCAGGUUGAGGAUUUUUUGACUUCCACUUAAUAAAAAUGGCUCAAUAAACCACUUAAUUAAGGAAGAUCACUUUGCCUAUCGUAUACUUUAAUAUAUAUGUAUGAUUUAUGCAAGCUUUUAACUGGUUCAUGUUGAUUGUCAUUGAACAAAUUCACCAUGUGCUAUUAUGGUAAUAAUUUUGCAUACAGUUUAAUAUAUUGUAAAUAAAUAAUGGUGAUUGUUAUAUAAUGCCUCCAGAUAUCUCCUCCGGACUAUGUGUGCUCGUGUGUGUGUGUUUCGUGUGUGUGUGCUCUCACAGUAGGCAAGUCAUAUAUCUUUGUGAGGUCCAGAUUGCCAUUCUUACACACACAUUAUGUCAUCCAGUACAGCUUAACUUCAGAUAGACCUGGAGAAUGUGCGGAACGGUUAUUUAUGGACUUGCCCAGGGUAUCGAUUCCAAGCCCGUCUUUAUUUAAGCUACAGGCUGCGUUCAAAUUGGUUGACUUGUGCCCUAUCGGGGGAGACACCAUUCGAAAUGUUAGUUUACAGGGCUCCCACCCAAAUUGCACCUUCAAAUACAUGUAGAACUGAUACACACUUAUAAUCUCACCAUAGCCAAUGAUGCAUAGCCAAUGUCAUUGUCAGCUGAUUCAUUCAAUAGAGAUGGUUGUCAUAUACGGGAUCUCAUGUAAAUGACCUCACAGGGGUCUGCUUGUUUAUGCGACCAAUACACAUCACGCAGAUGGCUUUCUGGCAGAUAAUUAGUGUCGGAAUUCUCCCUACACUUACUGCCAGAAUAGUGCACUAUAUAGUGUUCACUAUGUAGGGAAUGAGGGCACAGUGAGCCAAAUUGAACACAGCCCAUCUGAAUUGGUUGAAAAAUCCAACAUGAAGUCCCCUCAUUUCCUGCAGCCUUUUUCAUGGAAAUGUAUCAUGCAACUGGUGAUUACGGUCUGCAAAUCUUGAACCUUCCUAACCCAAAUGACCCAGGUAUGUUCAGUAUUCAUUAACUGAACGAUAAUGCAUCUUGGCAGUCAUAAUAGAAGAGGCAAGAGGGAGCCCAAGUGUGGAAUAGCUGUGAAAAUGUGUCAUAGAAAGGCAUACCUUUUCCCUUGAGAGACAGUGACAAGGCGAGGCUGCAGAAUCAUGCAAAAGUAGAAAUGUUUUGCACCCAGCAUAUUACCCUUCCAAAUGUGCUGGUGCUGCUGCUGUUCCCCAUGGGCAGAGCAUCUUAUAACCCAUCUUGUGUUUGGGCUGACUUGAACCCUUGUCACCUAAAUAAGGCAGAGAGCCCAGCACAAUCUUUCUUUUACCCCUUCAUUCCUUCUGAAAACGUCUAUCAACGACUAACAACAGCAUAUUUUUGUAACAUUGAAUCAUAUAUUAAUUUGUAUAUAGUUUAUGUUUAGAUACAUUAGAGAUAGCACUUUAUUUUAUGGCAACCAAACCCUGCUAAGCCAUCAAGUAUUUGAUGGCUCCAUGAUAUUCUAUCUCAUUUGAUCAGCUUUUAGCAUUACUUAUUUACAAUACUAUUUUUGAUGAUUAUGGUCAAUUAAAACGAAAAUAUAGGGACAGAUAUAACUGCAUUUCAUCAAGAAACCGAAUUUUAGUUGAGUGAUUUUCCUCUUAUUUUUCACUUCCUUCUUCUAGCUCCGCUUUUAUAUUCAAUGUUGUCUGAUGACCUCCUAGAGGUAUUCAAUGCUGCUUCUGGCAUCAGGCCCAAUGCCUUUUAAUGGGUGAGAGGUCUAGGCAGAGGUCUACAGGGUAAUGAAAGGUAAACAAAAAGCUUUAAGUACUUCUAUUUAGAAUUACUACAAGCAUUAGGUGACCUUGAGUCAAGGUACAGUUAAAUGGGGCUGUGAGGGCCUGGUUUUCAAGGCACCCGGUGGGCCAGAGUCUAGCAUUCACUCCUUCAACAUGGCUCUCAUUUGAGCCCCUUCAAAUGAUUUCUGGCGAUAAGACUCCAUAGUAUGGAGGAAUGUGUCUUCAGUGCUAAGCGUAGUGCGUUUGCCUUAUCCUUAUCCUCUAUUUCCAAAAUGUUAAAAAGCUCAGACCAAACAGUGCUUGGGCCCGGAGAGGAAGUGUCAGUUAAUGAUGAACAAUGAUCGGUUGCAGUCAACUGAAUAAAACAAACAAUGGCGGCGCCCUUUGAAAGUGAAGAAUUUAAAGAGCAGUCAAAACAGUUUUUAUACGAAAUCGACCUAAUAAUGUUAAAAGAGGAACAUGAUAGACCCAGCGAGCAUAAAAUGCUGUCAAGAGGCCUCGAUGGCUUAAUGUGAGUGGUCUGGUUCGGCCAAGUGAGUGGACAGUAAUUGGUUCCCUGCCCGUGAUGGAUUUCAUGGGAAUAAUUUUCUAAUGCUUAGUGCACACACCUUGAAAUGACUGAUUUCUGUGCUUUACAUCAUUACUUCAAGCAACACAGGUUUUUUAGAUGACGCAUGUGUAGCCUUUCCAAUGCCCUUUGCCCCAAUGUUCAUUAAGUAUGAGAAGAUGAAACCAAGGGAUCACUCCCAACAAAAUUAAUACUUUCUGAGAGGUGUUCUUGAUCAAGACUUAAUGUAUUGUGAGGGUAAACUACUACAAUAAUACAUAUAUUAAGACUUUUAGAUAUCACUUUCAUGCUAUGUACUGUAAAUCCCAGGAAGGUUUUUGAAAUGGCUAAGUGCGAUAAUGUUUUUGUUUCCUAAUUUGCAUGUCUAAUAAACCUAACUUUAAUUUGGGUGAUUUGCAAAAUGGCCCUUCCCUUUCAUUCGGAAGACCCUUAGAUGGAAUGGAGAAAAUGACUCGCUGAUCUCUUGUCGUUCCUUUGUAUAAUUGUACCAUUCUAAAUUAUGGCCUUGGUUGGCAUCUUUUGGAAUAGGCAAUCUAAUUAGUGAUUAAAAUGUUUACUAGUACAUGGGGAAAUAGAAAGUAUCCCACAUCUAAACGCUCAACAGCCAGCUGGCUCAACAGACAAACGGCUCAUUGUCUUACUAAUGUGAUGAGUUUACAAAACGGGUAACUCAGGAAAGGACACAAGGGACAAAGACCCACCAAUGCAUGAAAUGAGUGAACACAUCGUGGUAACCAAAAAGCAUUAGUUUAUAUGUGCCAUGAUAAAAGCAUGUUAAAGAUAAAAGCAAUGAUGUCAUCAAAGAUGCAGAUUUCCCAACUUGUUGGCCUUGAUCUGAUAACUGAAUCUGUAGUCGUUUCUUCUAGCAGGCCACUAAAGAGUGGGCACAUUACAAUGAAGGUUUGAGAUGUUCUGGAAACCGUCUGAUUCUGAAGGGUGAAAGGUCGUAAGAAGGCACUUCACCCAGGCUCAGUUCACAAAGCAGCUUGCCAAUAAGUGGCCCAAACUUGAAGCCAUGACCUAUGGGAAAAAGAAGAAUGACUUGCAAUGAGUAUUACAACCUAUUUACCUAUCAGAUUUCAUCAGUGUGCAAGUUGAAAAACGAUGAACAAAACUGCCUAUGUGUAUCGUACAUAUUUGUUCAUAUAUAGAUUUGAGCCCAGCACAAGUAAAAACAUAAAGCCAAAAAUAUCUUGCCCUCAAUGGCAGGGCAUCUAUACAAUUAAAAAAGGUAAUACGUUCCCUAAAUGAAGGCCGUUGUGUUGUUUGUUAUCAAGGUACAUUUGUGUACAAAUCAUGAUCAUAGAUGGAUCCAGAUGGAUGGAGAAAGCAGAGACCUUGCCCUAUUCUGUGUGCUGCCAAGAUGUUGGAAACAAAUUGUGAAUGUCAGAGGGGUGUGCAGAAUGCAGUAAUUUUGCCAUCUGACAAAAGGUCUUCGUGCCCCUGCGGAUUCCUGCCUGGUCUUUGAAGUCAUGAAAGGACAGCUCUGACACAUUCAGGCACGUGUAUUUUCAUCCCUCUUGAGGAACAGAUUCAAAGUCUACAGUAGCUGGUCAAACCCACAGGGUGACUUUGUAACCAUGGCAAUUCGCUGCCACUUGCUUAAAAGCACUUUUGUCUAGCUUUGAUGAAAAAUGCAAACGAUGAGGUGUGGAGAAAAAGGCUACACAUUUUUCUGAUGAGAAUUAUGGAAAAUUUGCCUCUUAUAUAUAUGCCGACAUAUGUUGGACAUGCUUUUUUGUUCCUCUCUCCUCCAGGUGGAAGGAGUACUAAGGUUUUAAGGGGAGCUCUAAGGAACCCCUGGGGUGGUUUGGGGUUAAUGCUGAUUCACUGCGCCAAGGCGUCAAAGUAAACUUACAACUGGAUCAUUUACUCAAUACGCUGAGUACAGUGUUUAGUGUUUGACCACAAAUUCAAGUUUUGUCCCUGAAAUGUCAUUGUACGGCUGCGGUGAAAUGUAAUCCAAACAUGAUAUCGAUGAUUCACACCUGAGAAUCCGGCUCCAAUAACAAUGUUGUUAUGGAUGGGGUGGCAGUCCAGCACAAAGUCCUCAUCUGGGGUUACCUGCACAAAGAACCAGCUCAGGGGUUUAUAACUUUUAAAACUUAAAGUUUCAACUCUAGAAAGACAUUUCUGCAUCCACUUCAAAAGAGGUCCAUAGGGUCCCGCUGUGCCAAAGUAAUGCAUUU